AUUUGGCAUAAUAUGUUGCGUAAUAACUCUCUUAACCUUGACUUUUUCCUGCUUCUAUGUGUUGAUUGUGUGAUUGUCUAAUAUGUUUUCAUUUGUAACUUAAGAAAACAAAAAAAAAUAUAUUGACUUUUGUGAUUGUUAAGAUUUAUCUAUGUCUCCUCUCUCCAUAUAGGGUUAGUCAGCUUAAUGACUAUGAUCCAUGAACAAUUAUUUCUUUGGUAUAUUACCAAAAGGGUAAUUCUGAAUGAUUAGAGUUUGAUGCUUAAUCCGAAUAAACUAAAAUCUCAUCUGAAAUCAAACAAAUAAAAAAAUAAAGAAAAUGAACCAAAUACUAGUAAUUAAACUGAGUAACCAAUAGGUAAUAAGAAACAAAUAUUAGCAUAAUUGUUAAAAAAAUAUUAUCUAUUACAAAUUAGCAGAGUUAUUAAGUUCAUUCGUGUCAAUAACAGAAAAAUCAAAUAAAUAGGAAAUGAGGAUACAAAAUACAAGUCCACUAUGUACUUACUGGGUUUUACACAUUAUGGACUAUCAACAAGCUUUCUAUAAUGUUACAUAUGUUCACGGGCCAGUAAGUCCACUAUGAAUUCAUAUGUUCACUAGGCCUUAAUUAAACUCAUCUACACAAACAACAAAACGGCGUCGCACUGGCCUCGCUAGUUACAGUUGCGAUUAAAGAGACUGAAAGCUACUUCUACGAACGAACAUAGAAGAAAGAGGAGGUAUGAACGAGUUACUUCAUAAGUUGACAUACUAAGAGAGACAUCGCUUUAUGCUAAUAAAGUCCAGAAGAAAUAAAACAAUGCGAUCUGUUAUCGCGUUGGUGAAGCAACGAGAUUAUUUCGUUCAGGCGAUACGUCGAACACCUGGUGUGUCAUAUUCACCCGCGCUGGAUCAUCGACCUAGCUUCAAAGCCUCGAACUUUCUCACUACCCUAAUCUGCUCGACGAAAUCUCCGACAUCUAGCGAAUCAGACGGAGACGAAGAGCCGCCAAACAAGUGUUUGUCCCUGAGGAUCGAGAAGCUAACGAAAGGAGUAACUGUUGGGUCUGCUUUGCAGAGCUGGAUGGGCGAUGGAUUCCCAGUUCAUGGUGGGGAUGUCUAUCAUGCUAUUAAUCGAUUGAGAAAGCUCGGUAGAAACAAACGUGCCCUUGAGUUAAUGGAGUGGAUCAUCAGAGAAAGACCUUACCGUCCUGGAGAGCUAGAGUACUCGUACUUGCUUGAAUUCACAGUCAAGAUCCACGGCAUCUCACAAGGAGAAACACUCUUCACACGUGUCCCUCAAGAGUUUCAGAACGAGCUACUCUAUAACAACCUCGUGAUCGCUUGCUUAGACCAAGGCGUCAUGAGACUGGCCCUCGGGUACAUGAAGAAGAUGAGAGAGCUUGGCUACCGUACUUCACAUUUGGUCUACAACCGUCUUAUAAUCCGAAACUCGGCUCCGGGACGAAGAAAACUCAUCGCCAAAGACCUUGCGCUGAUGAAAGCAGACAAGGCGGUUCCUCACGUCUCAACGUAUCAUAUCUUGAUGAAGCUUGAGGCUAAUGAACAUAACGUCGACGGUGUGCUAAAGGCUUUUGAGGGUAUGAAGAAAGCUGGAGUUGAGCCGAAUGAGGUUUCUUACUGUAUAUUGGCUAUGGCGCAUGCUGUUGCGAGGUUGUAUACAGUUGCGGAAGCCUAUACGGAGGAGAUCGAGAGAUCUAUCACAGGGGAUAACUGGUCGACGUUAGAUAUGUUGAUGAUUCUAUACGGGCGUCUAGGUAAAGAAAAGGAGGUUGAAAGAGCGUGGAAUGUUAUCAAAGGGUUUCAUCACGUUAGGUCCAAGAGUUACUUGCUGGCGACGGAAGCGUUUGGUCGAGUAGGGAACUUAGAGAGAGCUGAAGAGCUUUGGUUUGAGAUGAAGAGCGUGAGAGGAGUUAAAGAAACAGAGCAGUUCAACUCUCUUCUCUCUGUAUACUGCAAAUGCGGUUUGAUAGAGAAAGCAAUCGGUGUGUUCCGAGAGAUGAUAGGAGAUGGGUUUAAGCCUAAUUCGAUAACCUAUAGGCAUCUUUCUCUCGGAUGUGCUAAAGCCAACCUGAUGAAGGAAGCUCUCAAAAACAUUGAGAUGGGUUCGAAUCUAACGACGAGCAGAAGUGUAAGAAGCUCAACGCCGUGGCUGGAGACGACGCUAUCGAUCAUUGAGUGUUUUGCGGAGAAAGGUGAUGUGGAGAACUCGGAGAAACUGUUUGAAGAGUUGAAUAAUGCUAAGUAUAAUAGGUAUGCGUUUGUGUAUAACGCUCUGUUCAAGGCUUAUGUGAAAGGUAGAGUCUAUGAUCCUAAUCUGUUCAAGAGGAUGGUUCUAGGUGGAGCUAGACCUGAUGCUGAGUCUUAUAGCUUGUUGAAACUUGUUGAACAGUAUAAGCCCUGACUCAAUGAAGGCUGCUGCAUUUAUUUUUGGUAAAUUGUACAAAGUCUCUUAAGCUAAAGUCGAGUUUAAGAUUAUAGGAUGGAUAACACAAGAGCUUUGUAACACUACUUCACUGGCUCAAAAGGAGGUAAGCCGUUCAAGUUGAUGGAGCCGUGGUAAGAAGCAGGGAAUCUAGCUCUGGGCAGACAUGCUAUCAAGUGGACCAUUGGACCUUUGUCUCUUUUUGGGUCCUACCCGAGGGUCAAACAUGUAAAAGUCAAACCGUCUAAAUAUUCGUUCACACGGUCACAUGAUCUGAUGAGACAAAGGGAGGCUAAAAUGUAAACAAUCAUACACAAAACCUCGCUUGUUUUCGCUUUUGUCCUGGAUUUACCAAAUUUUCCUCAGUAUGCCAUGUUUCUCCAAAUUAUUAAAAUGAGAAUUUGUAUUCUCCCUGAGUGUUUACAAUUGUUAUGUCGAGAAACAAAUAUAUUUUUCUGUUUAAAACAAAAUAAUGAAAGAUUUUUUUUUUUU